CUGCCUUGUUUUCGAAGUUUCAGUUGAAACAGCAGAAUAUAACUUAAGUUAAUAGUCCAGUAAAAUGCAACUAUUACCCUUUCAUCCCACUUCCAUCCGUGAAUAAGUAAGGUUACCGUGUGGAAAUCUUGCGUGGCCGUGUGACAUGUAGACACGCAUAACUGGUGUUGACGCUGCACCGUCGGAGGUCAAAUACCGCUCGGCAGAUGCUAACACCACAGCGGGACACCUGCAUUAGCACCGGGGCUAACUUUAGUCUGCAGUAUGACUUUUAGUUUCGGUUGUCUUGGACACAAAACCGGCUUCAGAAACGACACAUCGAACCGAGCGUUACGUCUUUUUUUUUCUUGUAGGACAGACUUUGUACUGACUUCACUAGUUAACUUACCUUCAGACUGCUAACAUUUCCAGAAAAGUCUUAGCUAAAUUCGCACAGCCACGUAGAACACAUAGUAGGUCGGGUGUUUUAAACCGUGGGGUCUCAAGAAACUUUCGCAGUUUCAAAGUAUGUGGAUUUUGGUGCUGUCGUGGAUCACCGCCCCUCAUCGUGGGUGAACGUAAAGUCAGGUAAAUCCAACCAGCCUCAACACGGCAGCAGCAGAUGAAAAGAAUCUGUCUCUGGGCUCAAAGAUGGAGCUAGCAGCGGCUCAUCCAGCACUCAAAGCCUUCAUGUGUGGUUCUCUCAGUGGCACCUGCUCUACGCUGCUCUUCCAGCCUUUAGAUCUGGUCAAGACUCGACUGCAGACCCUGCAGAACAAUGCCAAACCAGGUGCACCAAAGGUGGGGAUGCUUAAGGUUUUCAUCAAUGUUAUUAGGACGGAGAAUUUCUUCAGUCUUUGGAAGGGAGUUUCACCCUCAUUUGUGCGAUGCAUCCCUGGAGUGGGCAUCUACUUCAGCACCUUCUACUCGCUGAAGCAGCACUUCUUCCAGGACCGAGCGCCGAACGCUGGCGAGGCCGUCCUGCUCGGAGCCGGUGCUAGAGCCGUGGCUGGUGUCAGCAUGCUGCCAUUCACAGUCAUAAAGACACGGUUUGAGAGUGGCCGUUACAACUAUGUGAGUGUGGUGGGGGCUCUGAGGAGUGUGUAUGAGACAGAGGGAGUCAGGGCUCUGUUCUCGGGGUUGACUGCUACGCUGCUACGAGACGCUCCGUUCUCUGGUAUUUAUGUCAUGUUCUACAGCCAGGCCAAAAGAUCCCUGCCUCAAGAGGUGACCUCGGCGUCUUAUGCCCCUCUGGUGAACUUCAGCUGUGGGGUGGUAGCAGGAAUCAUGGCUUCAGUGGUGACACAACCCGCAGACGUGGUGAAGACUCAUAUUCAAGUCAGCCCGUCUCACUGGAGCACAGCAAACGCCAUUCGCUUUAUCUACAUGGAACAUGGGCUGGCUGGGUUUUUUCGUGGGGCUGUCCCCAGGUCCCUCCGACGUACCCUGAUGGCUGCAAUGGCUUGGACUGUAUAUGAACAGCUGAUGGCUGGAAUGGGCCUCAAAUCCUGAAGAGUAAAACUGCUGAGCCAAAAGAAAGUAUUUGCAUAAAAUAUGAGGGAAUAGUGGUGUAUAUUUUCUUGCUGAAAGCUUCAUGCAAGGAUCAUAACGGAGAUGAGGAGCAUACAGAGAGAGUGAGGUAGCACAGCCAAGAGUCUGAUCAGAGGAACCAGGUGGAGAUGCAGUAAAUGUGUGGAAAAAAAGUUGAAAGAGUGCUUGUGUGUGUGUGUGCGUUUCUGUUGAUAUAUUUUCAUGUUUGUGAAAAUGUGCCUGUUACUUGUAGGUGUGUAAGUUUUGAGAUUGUAAAGUAACACCUGACACAGUCUUUUGCCAGUCUUGGAUUGAAGUGACACUCCCUGCUAUGAGGUGAACUUUUGCUUCUCCUACUUUCCCUGAAGUAGCACUCUUAAAAAAACAAACAAAAAAAAAACUUCUUGACACAGACUGUAUAGGUAUUUAAAAAUGACAUCAAGUCAAAUGAGAGACUCCGCGAGGUGGUGUAAAUGUACAUCUGCUGAGGAACCAAAGCACUGAGAGUCGCUUUGUUUUUGGGCACAUUUAAGAAAGUUGUCAAAAUUGAGCAAUGUUUGUGGCUUGCCAGCUGGCUUUAUUUGACAGCACACCCAGAGGAUCUUUUAUUUUUCAGGCUCAGACAAUCAUGCUGCAGCAUUAUGGGAAUAAAAUCCAGGCUGACUUUAAUAAACAAAGCAAAGCCUUUGUCUAAAUAUUCCUACUAUGCUAAAGGUUAAAUACUCAAUGGGUGCAUUUUCGUCUCAGCAUAAUUAAACCACCUGUGCUUUUUAAAAAGAAAAUGCUUACUUCUGGGCUCACAUGAAAAUAAAUGUAAUGUACCUGAAAAGUAUUUAGGACCUCACAUAGACCAGGGCUUUUGGAAGAAAAAAAACUACUUUUUUAUGAGUUUUGUAAUUAAAAUUAGUUAUUUUCUUUGGUCAAGAUGUUACUUGUCAUCUGAUUAUGAGGUGAAAUUUCAUUCUCUCAAAUGUUAAAACUCUCAAAACUUAAUGUAAAAACAGAAUAUACAGGAGUAAACUCUGUAGCUCGCAACUCAAGCAUUACUUAAUUGUGCUGUUACAGUAUGUUUAGGAAAAUGAUACAGUCCAUUUCAGUGCUACAAACCUUUUUGUGGCUUGUAAAUACUGGACUAAACAAACUACUGGUAACAAAUGAUGGCCAUAUUUUUCUUUUGCUUGUACAGUGUGCCCUUUGCCAUAAAUAUUAUUUAUUAUUGUUAAUAUAAAGAGACGAUAUAUUGAGAUUAAUUAUAUAUGUGUUAAUCGAAUAACAAUAGACAGUGCCAAGCCGUCAUGAGAGAAUGACUUGUUGUAAUUGUUGACAAAUGGACCAAGAUCAAGAGAAUUCAUUUAAAUCUGAUUAAAAACCAAGAAAGAAAAAUUAAGCUGAUGAGGCAGUAUUCACAGUAUUCAAACAGAUCUUAGACUGUACAAGAUCUGAAAGCAAGAGGUUUUAUGGCCUUGGUUGUGGAUCUUGACUGGAGGUGAAGCUAAACACCUGUUUUUGCUGCAGACUGUAUUUAUGUGUUUACCUCAGUGAUUAGAUUCCUCCAACCUCUCCUGCUGUGAUAGUUGAUCUUCGUCACGAUUCUGUUCUACAUGGUCAUUGUUAUUGUAGAUAUUUGGUCUGUGCUUGUGUUUGCUCAGACGGAUGGUGUGCCUGUCAGGUUUAACAUGAAUAAAUUGUACUUUUUUAAUGCAA